CUAAAAGUAAUCGCAUUGUUUGAACGUUUAUUGGGUUGAAACAAUGCCAGACCGCGAGAGUAUACGAGUUUCUUUUGUUUGAAUAUUUAAUAUCCGUUCAAUUGAUAUGCAAACACACACCUAUGAUUACUGUAACAGCCCCAAGGGACCUGUUAGACUGUGAUCUCCAUAGAAACCAGUCUGAGGAGCAAAGAGCUUAAAAAGAAUUGAAGUACUCUUACAGCAGCACAACAUUUCUGCAAACUUAUUUGUUCCUUUCUUUGUUAUUUUGGGUCAGUCAAAGUUGAAAUACGAUGGCUGAUGAAGCUUCAACACAAGGCGCUCCAGAAAUGCAGCAGCCGGAGGAAGAAGAACCCAUACAAGAACAGAAACGCAUGCGCUCUCAACUGCUUUGUGAACUACAUCGGGUGAAAAAAGAAAUGAUUAACAACAGCAGUCUUGUCAGCAAAACGGAAGUGAAACCAUACACUCCAGAUGUUUUCAAUGAUCUUGCGCCAUAUUACAAUACUUACGUCGUCAACUACAUGAUCGAUGACCAGGUUGACUACGUUCCCCGUCCGGGGUGGGGUACAAGAGCCACGACUCUUCGACUUGUCGACCCAGAGGAGUCCUGGAGGAUGGAUCAUUUCCCAGGUCCCAAAUACGACUCCGUUACACCACCCUGUUUUUACAAGCCUCAAGUCUGGAGCAAAAACGUAUCUGGAAAGGAAAGCAGUAAAGGCAGUACCAGGCUCCCUCCGAUACCAAAAGUAGCUUACCCAAGAUUCCAACAAAAACAGUACCAACAUUUCAACAUGAACUACUCUCAUGUCCAACCAUUCAGAAGUGACCUUCAACGUCUAAAGGAGACGAGGGCUGCAAGAAGAAUGAUAGAAGAUCAUUCUAGAACAGUGAAUGAUUGGCAGCGAAUGAACCUGACAGAAUUGAACACUUUGUCGGAGCAGUCACGCUACCAUGUCAAAAAAGCCAUCAUGUCUUACCUGGGCACAUCAAAAGGAUCCAACAAAGCGCUGAAACCAUUACUGACUGAACUGAGCACUGCUGAGUAAGCUCGCUCACUAACAACACGGAAUUACAUGUUAGUGGGAAGGAUGGUUAUGGUGGCAAACCUAACACCAUAAUGUCAUCAAAAAAAAAAAAAACACUUUUUCAUAAAUUACAUGUUUGUUUUCGGUGGACUUCAGUGCUGAAAGCUAUUGAUAAACGAGCUGUGAUGUCUUUUAAAUGUAUAUUCAAGUAUUGACAGCAAAGCAGUCAAGUCUACGGUUAUUUUGACUUCCCAUCUUUCCAUCCCUCUUUCCGCAAACUAUUUCAACAAUUGGAAAAAUUACGAGUUCCAAUCUUAUCAUUUGAACUGGUGACCUUUUCCAUGAACUUUAUCUCUCUCUUGGAGACUUCCCGCUAAAAAGCAUACAUCAGUUCAAGUAGCCUAUUCUAGAUGUUCAAAAGUGAAAUGGCGCGAAAUCCGCGGGCGGCGGUUGCAGCAGAGCGAAAAACGAGGGAGCCGUGGGUAGGAUCGCGUAAAAAACGCGUUCAUUACGCGACCCGACCCAGACCCCAUUCGUUUUCUCACUCCUCCGCUAAAAUAGCAUUGUUUACUAACGCGGUUUGGUUUUCUUACUGACAAAUUAGGUUAAGAAGACUGGCAGCUGUUGAAGAGCUAACAGAAAAAUGUAUACUACCUAAUGAAAAAGCAAAAUUCUCCCAAUAACAAACAGUAUUUAGUGUGUUUUAAGAGUGCAAUGUUGACGCCACAACCAAAAACAAACCAAUAAAGUUCAUUUUAAAGUACUGUUUUGGGAAUCUACCAAAGUGAAUAAAAUAUCAGUUCCUUCCCAGUAACAAUUCAACAUACUCAAAGAAAGAGUUUGGGACAAGUCCUCAGCUAAGAGUAUUCCAGUAGGAAUUAUUUCCAAAAACAAACUCUUCAUGACCUAACCCUCAACUUCCAGAAGUGAUUUACACGUUGCUUCUCUCUUAAGUGUCCAUACAUUAUCCAACAAACAGGUGAAGACAAUUCUCAAACUUAUCCUCUGCAUCCUUGUUGCUAAAAAAUCUGUAGCAGCUCAAGGGGAGAACUAACAAUGAGAUCCUAUCUAAAGGGUUAGUGAAAAAGUCUACCCUGGAUACUUAAAACAACUGUUAAAAACAUUUAUAGCACACCCAACACCCAAAUGUUCACCGCCUUGAUGGGUGCUUUAGCAAGAGAGACUUUUUGCUGCCUUCUUCAGCUGAUUGGGUGAGAUCAUUCUUUACUUGAAAAAACUGGAUACAAAAUUGUUACAAAUAUUAAGAAUAUCUGGAAUGUCCACAUAGUAUUUCAUUAUCAGUGAGACUAGAGAAAAAGGACAUCUUAGAUGCAAGACUGUGAAGAUGAAAAAAAAAAAAAAAGAAAAAGAGCCCAGGGAUUGGGUGGGACACUUGAUAGACCUUUAAACCCAAGGGGGCAACCAGCAUCUAAUUUCUCCUUAUAAUAACACUGCUAAUUCAUUCAUUAAUAUCAUGAGAAUGAAGGAAAUGAUGGCCAACCAAAGAAGCUUUGAUUCUC